AUAAGGUCGGACGUUCGUGGCGCGAUCUCUGGCUCGAGUGAAGUUUAAUUGGAUUGAUAGAUUGGAAAUUAGGGUUCAAAAGUGUGGUUUUUUUGGGGUUUUCCGGUUUCGAGGAUUCAGUGAAAACCCGUUUAUUAGUUAUCAGAGUGUUUUUGAAGAUAAAUCAAAGAGUUCAGAAGAUCUUUGUUUUAAAUCUGCUGCUAGAAAGGUUGUUAACUUAGCGUUAUCAACUCUGUUUGAAAUGUCUGGAAAAAAGUGAUCGAAAAGUGAAAAAGUUAAGUGAUUUUGAGCUUCAGGAGGGCUUAAAAUCUUGAUUUUCUUGUAAUAAAAUCAUUUUUCAAAAACAACCAUGCCCAGAAGCCAUCUUGCUGUAGCGGCUUUAAUCGCCUACUUUGCAAUAAUUAGCACUGCUACCAAUGACACUGGCACUGAUAAGGAUGAACUGUGGAAGCUUCUGCUGAGCGGAAAACUUGAUCAAAUCAAAACAAAAACAACGCCGCUCGUGAUCGAUUCUUCGCCGGAGCGGCAUUCCGCCGUUCAUUCACAACCUGUUAUCAAUGCCGACGUCGGGCAUAUCUCUUACGGCAGCGGCGUAGAUGAUAGCGCGGAACCACAACAGGAUCCGGAUGACGAAGCCGAUCAACAGCUGUUCACAUUGGAAGACAUUGGGGAAACACUGAACGUAGACAUCAACGACGACGACGAAGCUGCUACCGCAGCAGAUAACAACUUGUCAGCGUUGUUUGGGGACGAUGGGAACCUCGCGAAUGACGAAGCCUUCGGUGGCGGUGAAGUGUUUGAUGAUAAGGAUGAUGGCGGGAUGCAGGCAGACGGUGGGAACAAUUUAGAUGAUGAGUUGAUUGAAGUCAUGCGGAACAAGCCGGUCUCACGUGAGGUCCUGGGGUUACUCGGUCUGCUACGAGAGCGUAACAAAACGGAAGAAAGGCAAAACAAGCUGAAAUCGAUGGCGCGGUCAAUGGCCGAACGAUACGGCGAUACGUUGCAGAGUAUUUUGGAAGAGCAGGUGUCAUCGGAAUCAAAUGAAGAAUCCGAUGAAAUUGUUUCGCGUUUUGAUUCGCAAUCGCUCGUUUCCAAUGAUGCACAGAUGCACCCUUCAGUGAAGAACAUUCUUAUUCCGGACCUCGGUAAACAGAUAUCGAGCAUCAGGAAGGGAUACGAAACCCCUUCCGAGGGUCAACGAAGCUUGGUGAUUGUUUUCGACGCAACAGGAUCCAUGCUUGAUGAUCUUAAUCAGUUGCGAGACGGUGCUAAGCUGAUCAUCGACGAAAUCACUCAGCUUGAAAAUAACCCGAUCUACAACUACGUUUUUGUACCAUUCCGUGAUCCACAAAUAGGGCCACGUCUAGUAACACGCAACAAAGAUGAACUACUACAAGCCUUAGAGAACCUUCAGAUCUACGGCGGCGGUGAUUGUCCUGAAGCUGCGCUGGCCGCUAUUUCUGAAGCCAUCGAAGCUUCGCUACCAAACUCUUUCGUCUUUGUAUUCACCGACGCCACUGCCAAAGACUUUAAGCUGGAUCAACGUGUGCUGCGGCUCAUCCAACAGAAACAGACCCCGAUAACGUUUCUGCUAACCGGGUUCUGUGACGGCAAAGAUACCCUCGGACAUAAGGUUAUGAACGACUUGGCCGCGGCAAGCAAUGGACAAAUCUACGACCUGAAGAAAGACCAAAUCGAACAGGUGCUGCUCGGAGUCAAGGGCAUGCUGAACAUAGAUCACGUUCCACUGAAGGCGGUCGAUUCUAAGUCUCCCGACACCCACGAUAUCGAUCUGAACGUGGACAACACCUUGAAAGAAUUCAGCGUCAGUGUUGCCGGUCAUCGACCGAACAUUGAAAUCAUUGACCCUCAGAAGGUUCCUUAUAAUAAAACCAAGUCAGUGUUAGAGUUAGAAAAUAUCAAGGUUGUAAACGUUGAAGGACCUUCCCCCGGAAAAUGGAACAUCAAAGCCGGGUCUAAUUCAUCCCAUUCGGUUCGACUAUCUGGCAACAGUGAUGUUAAGUUUAAAUUUGGAUUUUCUCUCGGUAAACCAACAACUUUUGACGCUCUGUCUAGGCAACCCGCUUUGAACAACGAUAACGUACUAACCGUUCAGCCUUCGCAACCGGAUCUGAUCGCAGACCUUUCUCACGUGACUAUAACAUCCCACAACUCCGGUGAAGCCGGAUUAUCGACCUUCGAGUUUAAGCUACCCCUCCAGAAAGUCAUCCUAGAAGACUCAACUGUUGCUUUCACAACCCCAUCCUUCAAAGCUCCUCGACAGCGGUUUAAAAUAUCGGUUGCCGGGAAGGAUGCUCACGGUAAUUCGUUGGACCGACUAAUCUCCACCGCAAUCCAGGCGGCUGGUUUAACGGCCCCAGAGUUGACCCUGGAUUUUGCCGAUAUGGAACUCAUGGAAGGCGACGAUCUGGAAAUUAUCUGCCGUGCCGAAUCUCUGGUCCCAAUGAUGGUCCAAUGGAAGCGGUACAACCGAUUGCUGCUGGAGGAUCGAUUUGAUUCAACAGCACUGUUCAAGUUCAACCAGAGCAACGUUACGACGAAGCACUCGGGAAGGUACACGUGUCGAGCGGCUAAUAGUAUUGGGGAGAAUGAAAUCGUGGCAACGGUCCGCAUUUUAAGACGGCCGGAACCGACCAUUGGGGUUUAUCCAAAGGAUGUCGUUGCGUACGCGAACGAGCGCUUGAUUGCUUUCCGGUGUAUCACUAAGAACAUGGACCCGAAUAACCCAGUCACUUGGAGUCACAAUGGACAUCGGAUAAACGAAGCUGCUGGGAAAGAGUACCUGGAAAUCCGCGAUUUGAAACCGGCAGACGCAGGUCGCUACGAGUGUCGAAUUGAGCAUGAGGGUAGAAUUCUGUGGGACUCCACCGAACUGCUCGUUGAAUACGAGCCUAGGGAGGUCGAGAAAUCAACGGAAACAGUUUGGUCUCCUUAUGGUAAGCCUGUUGAAAUUGAAUGUAGAUUGGAUGGUGUUCCGAAACCGACCGUGCAGUGGUUCUAUCGAUCGAUGGAUGAUACGGAGGAGAAACGUUUAGCGGAGACGGACUUUAAACUGGUAGUUCCAUCCAUUGUACCUGAAAAUGAGGGAUUCUACAUUUGCGAGGGACGCAACAGACAUGGAGUAGGUCGGAGUACGCUUCUGGUUCAAGGUGAAGCUAAUGAGGCUCCCAUCAUUCCAAAAAGGGAGGACAAAAUCAUGUACGUGGUGCCGGGAUCCCGAGUCACCCUGAACUGUUCCUGUGAUCUGUGUCAACCGUUGAGCGAGUACAUCUGGACCAACGGGGGUCGACUCACGUUCGAAAGCAGUCCCUACGGGACCAAGGACAACGCCCGAGUUACCUUGAACGUCGACCAAACGCGAAAUGCUGUCGAGUAUCAACUGACCAUUGAAAACUUUGGGUCGGAUGACGAAGGAAGUUAUAGCUGUAUUCUAUCGAAUGCCCAUGGUGCCGAUAGCAUGGUUGUGGUGGUACAGAUGAUGGAGGCUCCCCGGGUUGACGAGAUAUUGGUUGAUGAUGAGCAUGGGGAUAGGGAGUUCUUGGCGUUGGGUGUGGAAACGUUGACUUGCGAUGCCGGUGGAUUGCCUGAACCUCAAGUGGAAUGGUUCCUCGAUGGUAGCUCCGUCCAUGGGGAUCAAAGGUUCACGCUUCAUCACGACAACAAAACGUUGAUGUUUUUGAGUCCAUUUGAUGAAAGCUAUGCUGGGUCUUACUUAUGUAGGGCAGAGAAUCCAAUGGGUACAGCGGAAAAUGAAGUUAUUCUACAUUACGGAAGUAUUCCAGAGAUAAUAAGUUCACCGGAAGAUGUAAUCCAAGUACAGUUUGGAGAAACGGUGACGCUGCAGUGUCCUGUUGAAGGUUCGCCUGACCCCGAGGUAAUGUGGCACUUCAACGAAUCACCUUUAACAAAAGAUCUCGAAUUCAUGGCAACUUGGGACGAUUCCGGAAUCUAUAGCUGUAAUGCAACCAACAAAUUCGGAAGUGUUACGACCAAUAUGACGGUAGUGAUUGUUGGUAAACCCCAGUUCGUAGAUGACUCCGACGAUGAUUUGGCGGUUACCGUAUCGAAGGGGCAGAACAUCAAUUUGGAAUGCUCGGCUCAGGGUUUCCCUGCGCCCAACAUUAGCUGGACUUUCAAGGAUCAAUCAAUUGAAGAAAUCGUCAACGUAUUGCGUACACCAACAGGUUUACAAAUAGUGAACACUUCUGUCGAGAAUGACGGUUCCUAUGUUUGUAACGCAGAAAAUACUCUUGGAAGUGUUCAAAAAGUGUAUUACCUAGUUGUUAAAGAACCUCCUAAGCUUUCUACGAAGUUGCCUGAACAUGUACAAAUUCUACCUAAUGAAACAUUAUCAUUAAAUUGCACCGGAGAAGGAAAUCCGCCUCCACGGGGUUCGUGGUUCAAAAAUCAGAAACCACUGCAGACAAGCGCCACCUUAAGCAUCGUCUAUUCUAUCGACUCCUCCGGUAACUACACCUGUGUAUUGGAAAACGAGGAGGGAAAUAUUAGUGCGACCACAGAAAUAACCGUUCUAAGCCCUCCAUCGAAAACAUCCAACGUCUCGUCAAUCGACGAACCAAUACAAGCGAAGCAGAACUCUUCCCUAACACUGGUUUGUCCCUUUGAUCAUUACGAUAGUUUACUGUGGCAACUCAACAAUCGCACUCUGGACAACUACUUAGACUUGACAGACGUUCGAGUGCUGGACAAUGUUCUGCGGAUAGAAAGACUCCGUCAAUCCCACGAAGGAACUUACACCUGUUUCGUAGAGAAUUCGGCAGGUCGGAACAAUCAUUCCUUUAUCGUCGGAGUCCUGUAUCCUCCAACGAUCGAAGCGAGUAAUAGUUUCGAUGUAGAUGAGCCCCUAGAUCCGAGUCAAGGUAACGCAGCCGAGGUAAGCAUUCUGAGUGGCGAAGAGCUGCAGCUGGUUUGUCACGCUAGCGGCUCACCUUUGCCGGAGAUUUCGUGGCACAAGGAGAACCAGGUGGUAUCGCAAGGCAGUGAACUGGUCAUUGCCAGCGUAGAUAGCCAUCAUAGCGGGCUUUACAAUUGCGUAGCCAAAAAUGAACUUGGAACCGCUCGGAAAGUCUAUCGGCUGGAUGUGAUGAGUUCACCGAAGCACUGGGGAUUGCCCAGCAGGCAUGUAGAAAUAUUCAAAGACGAAGAUCUGGAGUUGGAGUGUACGAUGAAUGCGAAUCCACCGGCCGAUUUCCAGUGGUCCAAAGAUGGAAUAAUUUUGGAUGAAUUUGAAGAUCUUCUGCAGUUCACCGCAAUUCAACCCCAGGACUCGGGAGUCUACAUUUGUGAGGCGGAAAACAUUUUCGGAACGGAUGAGCAAAAGUUUCAGGUCACUGUCUACCAGUCACCCGAAAUCGCCUCUUUCCCGGAGAAUCUCAGUGAAGUAGCUGGCAAACCGUGGGCCUUAAACUGCCAAGCCGUUGGAAAUCCUCUGCCAGUCGUCAGUAUAAUCCACAAAGGUGAAGUUCUAGCAUCAACAUCAGAUAUCCACGAAGAUGAUCUGCAGCUGGACAAAUCGUACCGUAUUAAGCCGAAAUCGUAUGCCAUUCAAACGCAACAGUUUACCGUUACAAGAUUGUCAUCAUUCGAAGUCGAGUUUACCUUACAAGAUCCAUCGGCGGCUGCGAAUUCUGCUGGGAAGUAUCUCUGUCUGGCUCAAAAUGCCGUCGGGUACGAUGAAAAGGUUUCCAGAGUUGAAAUCCUAGUGUCUCCCUUCGUACAAUUUACUAAACUAAAGGCUGGGCCGAAUUUUGCCGUAUUGGAAGGACUUCCAUUAUAUCUCUUCUGUCCGAUCAAUGGUCACCCUAAGCCCACCAUAAACUGGUUCCGCAAUAAUAAACCGAUAAAAUUCAGCGGACAAACUCUAUUCCUAUCAGCUGUCACACGUCAAGACCAAGGCAACUACACCUGCGUCGGUGAAAACCCAGUUGGACAGGAAAAACUAAACUUCGGGGUAAGCAUUCUUAUUCCACCAACCAUGAUCAACAGCAUUCUGGUGGGUGAUGAUGAAGCUUCCGAUGAACCCGAACAAGAAGAGGUAUCCAUCCUCAAAGGUGACAACGUAACCCUGGACUGUGCCAGCGUCGGAAGUCCUCAGCCGGAAAUCUUCUGGACCAAGGUCGUUUACCUCGAUGAAAAACUUAAUCAACAACUACCGCACAAAGAUUCGGUUUUGGAGCUGUACAACAUCCAGGCUACCUCAACCUACUCGUGCUACGUCAACAACACCGCCGGGUCGACUCAAAAACUAUUCCACGUGGUGGUACAAUCACCGCCCAAGUUCAACGGCAUCGAGUACGAUCCGAAACCCAAGGUUGUGCUGCACCAUAGCUUGGAUCUGAACUGUGAGGUUGCGGGAGUUCCUGAAGCCGAAGUGGUGUGGCGAAAGGAUGACGCUGUAGUGGUCAGUGGUAGAGAUAAGGGUCUGUUUCUUUCAACGAAUGGACACAGUUUGAGAAUUUCCAGUGCUCGGAUGACGGAUGCCGGUGAGUUUAAGUGCGUCGGACGAAAUCUACACGGUCAGGUUAGCCGGGAGUUUAUAGUUAGUGUUGAAGUUCCAGUAAGUUGGUCCCCUUGGGGUGAGUGGAGCGCAUGCAGUGCUAGCUGUGGCAAGGGAACACAGUUCCGGUCCCGUAUCUGUUUGUUGCCGAGUGGAUCUCCGGCCCACGGUGCCCAAUACAAUUGUGUGGGAGAGAAUGUGCAGCUGAAGAACUGCGAAAUGCUCGCUUGUCCGGUCAAUGGAGGAUGGAGUAGUUGGAGCGCGUGGAGUAACUGCUCGCUGGAUUGUGUGACCGAGUUUAGUGGACAACACUCGAAGAGGUUUCGGAGUCGGCGGUGUGAUUCACCGGUUCCGGCUUUAGGGGGUAAACCUUGCGUCGGGGAAGAAAGCGAGGAAGAAAUCUGUAGCGUCAAGUUUUGUGUAGUGAAUGGAGGUUGGACCACGUGGACCAAGUGGACUCCAUGCAGUGAAACCUGUGGCUUCGGCAGAACAAUGCGUUGGAGAAGUUGCACAAACCCUGCGCCACGCAAUGGAGGCUCGGUCUGCUCGGGGGAAGAAAGUGAAAUGAAAGUUUGUAAAACUGCCGAAUGCAUAGUUCACGGUGGUUGGUCCGAUUGGGGGCCGUGGUCCAAAUGCAGCAAGAGUUGUGGCGUUGGCGUUCGGCACCGUAAGAGAUCGUGCUCCAACCCUGAACCGAAGAACGGAGGCCGCAGGUGUGAGGGCGAAAAUAUUGAAGUGGAGAAAUGUACGCAUAAGUCUUGCCGUAAUGAUGCCCUUUUGAAAACAAUCGACUUCAAGCGCAAAUUCUCGCCACUCAUAACAUACGAAUCAAAACUAGGGGGUGAUGAAAGUGCUGGCGAGAGCUAUGGCGAGCUUGAAGGUCCCAUGGAACCGGAGAAGUUCAAAAUAAUCCGUAACUAUGAAUUUUUGGACACUGCCCCGGUAGAAUAUGUUGACUCACCACAACCGAUGGAAACGGAUUGGGAUGACGACCAGAAUGAAAAUCAUAAGAUUACCAUCACCUUGAAAAAUACCGUAAACCUGACCCAGGACAUGGCGGCAUACCAUGUAAACUUUGGUGGCACCGGAAGCAUGGUGCAGUUCAACUGCGAAGGUCCAGGAACGGUUUACGAUGCGUCGACUGGUAGAUGCGUUGAGAUCAACUAUUGUGAAUCCGAUCACCAUGACUGCGACGGACCGAAUGAAAUUUGUGUCAACCGGAACGAGGGUUACGAGUGCCAAUGUGUUGAAGGCUACCGGAUGUCUGCCGGAUCUUGUGUAGAUGUAAACGAGUGCCGAGAGGAAAGCCACGAUUGUACGCAUUACUGUGCCAACAGUUUGGGCAGCUACAGCUGCUUCUGUCCAGCCGGUUACGUCCUGGCGGCGGAUGGUAAACGCUGCACCAGUCGAAAAGCGAGAGCCGAACCGGAAAUGGCUUACAGCACCAUGAACUUGGAUACCAGGUGUCCCGAAGGUUUUGCGUUGGAUGGCAACAAAUGUGUUGAUAUUGAUGAGUGCGUCAUGAAAGAGGAUGAAUGCAACGAGGGACAGUCAUGCUUAAACACCAAAGGUUCUUACUUGUGUGUUCCGACCUCCUGUCCGGAAGAAUACGAACAAGACGUUCGUCUAGACCAAUGCUUCCAGGACUGCCGCUACGAUCACUGCCCUGAAGGAGCCCGCAUCGAACAGACUCUGACAUAUCGGGUAAUUUCGGUGAAACGAGUCUCCCCUCGGGCUCCACUGGCCGUUCUAGCCAUUCCGGCAUUCCAGCAUGAAACCACGCAAACUUCAUUCGCCAUACUGGAUCACCGAACUUUCUCCAACGCCUUUAGCUUGGAGCAAACGGCCCAUUCGAGUAGCAAUGGGGCGGCUGUGUACUUGUAUGGAACCAAAAAGCUUCAACGCGGCAGAAUUUAUAAACUGAAAGUCGUGGCCAGAUCCUAUGGGAUCCAGUCCGGCACGUUGGAUUAUGUGCACAAGUUUAUCGUUUAUGUGUACAGCUUGGAGUAGUUUGGUUUUAUUUGUAGAAAGUUGUAGAAGUAGAAAAUAAGUAGAUUGCUAGGAAUCAAAAGUAGAAUUUAAGUUAACUUUUGAUAUUAUACUUAGUUGGUUCACCUAAAACUGAAA